GCUUUGACAAGCGCGGACGCCAGACAAUUACCGACGACCAUGGCGUCCGCAACCGCCGAUUCGGGCACGCAAACGCCCACUCAGCUCGCCGAGCAGCCGCUCCUAGGCAGCGCGCAGACGCCCUACACCUUCCCCGUGCACAAGCUGAGGCGCCGCCAACUAGAGCCCGGGAAGACGCCGCUGGUGCUGGUGGCCUGCGGUUCAUUUUCUCCAAUCACCUACCUCCAUCUGCGCAUGUUCGAGAUGGCGUCCGAUUUCGUCCGGUUCAACACCGACUUCGAGGUGUGCGCCGGCUACCUAUCACCGGUAAGCGACGCUUACAAGAAGGUGGGGCUGGCGCCCGGGCACCACAGGGUCAACAUGUGCUCGCGCGCCGUCGAGCACUCGCCGUGGCUGAUGGUCGACCCGUACGAGACGGUGAACUGCGACGAGAACGGCCAGCCGCAGUAUGUGCCGACGGCGAAGGUCCUGCGGCACUUUGACCACGAGAUCAACACCGUGCUGGGGGGGAUCGAGGGGACGGAUGGGCAAAUGAAGAAGGCUCGGAUUGCGCUUCUGGCUGGUGCCGAUCUGGUCAUGUCGAUGGGCGAACCCGGCCUCUGGGCGCCACAGGACUUGGACACGAUUCUCGGCCAGUACGGCGCCUUCAUCAUCGAACGUUCAGGAACCGACAUCGAUGAGGCUCUCGCCUCGCUGCGGCAGUAUGAGCACAACAUCUGGGUGAUCAGCCAGGUGAUCCAGAACGAUAUCAGUUCUACGAAAGUUCGGCUCUUCCUGAAGAAGGAUCUCAGCGUUCGAUAUUUGAUACCGGACCCCGUUGUAGAGUACAUCGAGCAGCACCACCUCUUCCAGGAGCCGAAGCCAAACAGUUCGAGAGGCCAGACGCCAGACAGCACCCCCGGUCCCUCAAACUCGAAGGUUGCGAAGAGCUGAAUGAGCUCUUGAUUCUUAAGAGGAUGAGAAACGAUUGGCAUGACUUUAAGACACGACAACUCGGCAACAUAGAAAGUGCGGCAGAGAUGAUGGGGGAAGGGCUGAGUCACCAGACCGCUGAGACAGCGGCCAGCCAGAGAACUCACUCUCCACCCGUCGCCGCGCUCACCGCGUUCGCGUUCCCCUGCUCCCUUAGACCGGGCGUUGAGAUACCCCGAUACACACCCUGUGAUGACAGCUGGCGUUGGGGCUGAGCAAUGGAUGUACAUGUACCUUUGGCGCACUGCUGCAGCUGCAGCUGCCGCCGCUGCGAUGUUUCCCAUCAUCAAGCAGCGCCGAGCCCCGCCCCACUUUGGAUUCAUUCACUUUUGGAAACGGCGGCUGUCAUGAUACCGAAUCGGCGGCGUUUUUGAUCGAUUCCCAUGAUUUUCCUCUUUUUUCUCUGUUUUGGUUUGCUGGCGAUAGACAGAUCGCAGUCCUCGGGACUGUACUCCGUACCCGACCUCCAGGGGAGAGAUCAAGGGUGCGGAAUAGUGUGGUACUGUACUCAGCACCAGCCUUGUAAUGGGAUCCCUGUGCGACGAGAGAAGUCAUGAUUGAUUCAC